AUGAAUAGCUGGUUAUCUGCCAGUCAUGCCGCCGACGAGCAGCCGUUGAACUCCCAGUACUCCGGUUGGUCGUCGACUGCGAACCUCAGGAAUCAGCCUUCGCCGAACCGUCGAGAGCAUGCAGUGCAGCCGCCUCUGUUAACGACCGCGUUGAACAGCUCGCACUUUCAGCACGCGUCGACCCCUUUGUCGUCCACAUCGCUUUCCAGUCCAUUCACGCAGGGCCAGUCUCCUGCUGUCUCGUCUCCUGCAAACGGCAGAUCGGCAUCGUCCUCCUCCUCGAUGGCGUCGAGACAAUACAGUGUCCCGUAUAACCCGCAGGACUGGGGGCCCGUUGGCGGUGCUCCUGCCCAGACUGCGUACUCUCAGCCAAAUAAUGUGCAUCGCACUGCGCCGCAGCGGCGGGGUCCUCCAGAGGAGCCUAUAUCACCACCUCCUCCUCCCUACUCACCUCCACACAACCAGAAUCGGUUACCGCAGGACUCCUACGGUCAAGCCAGCUCUAAUCUUGCAAUUACUCCCAACGUAAUGCCGGCGCAGUCACAUCAGUCCUACAGAACAAGCGAGUUUGAUAAUACCGCUGAUUAUCAUCGACGGUCCCUCCCUCGUCCUCGGCCUGUUUCUAUGCUUUACGGCAGUGAGGCAGAGCUACACCGACAGUCAUUACCCCCUCCGCCCCCUCCUCAAGGAAAUUCGGGAUCCAGGUCCAAUUCUCAAAAUCGGUUGAAUCCGUACCAAGGCUCUCCUUUCAACUCGGCUUCCUCCCAUUCUCAGUCUCGGAUCUCAAUGUCCUCCUAUGAGCAGCCCCUACCCUCGCCGGCUUUGCGAAGCGAUGCAACCGCUGGACCAUAUGUAGGCCAAUUGGAAGCGCCGACGAGACCGCCUGCCUCCCGGCGAGCUGCCUCUGCUGGUGCCGUUGUGAGUAGUGCAAGCUCUUCGAGGCCUUCGAGUUUAUCGCGAGGUCCGUCACCGUCGAGCGGUUGGGAGCCCGGUAUGCCCCUUCCACCGCCGCCUCCAGGGCCGCCUCCCGCUGGGAGGUCAGUGAGUGUGAGUGGCUCAUCUGAGUCAUCUUCUGCAAGAACAACUCAAGGUCCAGGUCGGACUAGAGCUCGCCCGCCACCUCUAAUGGGCACUGGUUUGGGUAGCAUCCCGCCAACACCGGCUGAUUGGGUAGACGAAGAGUACAUAAAUCAUGAGACAGGCAGGGACAAGGAGCCUCUAUACAUCGACACUAACAGGGCGAUGAGAACACCAGAUCUUGUGGAUAAUCUGGACUCAAACGACCAAUUGCAACUGUCUCAAAAAACCCCCGGCAGUGGGGGUAGCGGCCUUUUUCGCAGCCCGGCAAUCCGAGACCCCAGUGCAAAAGGUAUUCGUGAAAGGCGGAUCGAACGUCGGAAUCGGCAAAGCCAAGUUUUCGAGGAUAUGAGCGCGGUAUCGUCUACCAGUGGGAAUCCCUGGGCUGACGCUUUGGAGAAUAUCGUGCCAUCGAACCUCGUUCUCCCCGAGCCGAAGAGUAGCCCCGAUCAUACUCGCCAGACCUCCUCAAAAUUUACGCCGCAAAGUACUAGGAGUAUUGGCUCAGACGGGCAACAUACUACCUCCCGAUCACGGGCGUCCUCUGGAGGUCUUUUUUCUGAUAGAUCAUCGUCUUACUCGACUCCCAAGCCAGAACAAAGUCCUGUCGUACCCUCGGCUGCGCUUGCGAAUACGCCUCCGUUCUCCCCUAAUGGAGACUCCUCCUCUCGAUACCAUAAGGCAGCAGCCGCUCAAGCGAUACCACCCAAGGCCCUACCAACACCACCCCUGAAUUCUGCCAAGGACCCCCUGUCACGUUCACGGGCUCCGUCCCGGGGAGCAGAAGCCCGUCCGAUUUCUCAUAUACUGCAUCUUCCCAAUGAUGGCAUAUCUACGAUUAAGCCGCUGUCACCGCGCCGGCUGCCCACUCAGGAAACAGCCCAUCAGAUUUCCCUGGAUUCGCUUAUCAAAGAGGACAAAGAAUUCAUCCAGAAUGCCCUACAGAGGCACAAGAUAUUUAUCGAAGAAGAAGCCGCUGCCAUGGACGAGGCCGAAGGCCUGAGACUUUUCAAUGAGUUCAUCAUAGCAGAGUCUCAAAUACGGCGUCAGCGAUAUGCCAAGGUUUUUGACUCUGGAUCUCCUCGAAUUGAGGAUGUGCGUAGCAAGCUUUUCGAAAUUCCUCAGAGCCAACCUACCGGAUCAUCCCACAAGGCUGUGAGGCCUGCGCCCACGUUGGAAAUACCCCCAAGUCGACCCAGUCGACCUGAUUCCGCAUGGUGGAACAAUUAUCAGCCUUGUCUGUCACCGAUUGCUAGUCUCAGUAUGAGUAAUGAUGAGAUGAGCUCCAGGGGCCGGGCACCCAGUCGCUGGUGGGAAUCCAAGACUGGCUCAAGCAGCGAGGGUGUUGAGAGAAGGAUCCAGCGAUCUAAGCGAGAGUCCAAAUACAUGGGAUUGCCCCGCGAGGCUAUGCAGUGGGACCAAGAGCGGACGCCGUCCAAACUCGACGAUGCUGAUGCGAAUUUUACCGGUCAACAGGUGCCAUACGGCCCAAACGAGUACCCCCCGGAGAAAGCUGGCUGGUAUGAAAAACCGACCGAUUAUCCCGUUGCUGGGAAUGGAAACAGAUUUGCACAGGUGAUGGCUAGCCAGAGGCUGGACAUUUCGCGCCUGGUUACUCUGCCUCCGCCGUAUCCGCGCCACUACCCAGCUGUGAAUAACAGCCAUCCGGAUCUCGUGUCUUAUCGAACCACUGUCCGAUCAAUCACGGAUCUGUCAGAAAUAAAGGCUACGAGAGAGAGGUACAAAGCCGAUAUGGAACGAAUGUCUCAGGAGUACCAACAUCAGGUCAAAGACGACCGUCGGCAAUUCAAGGCUAACAUUCAGAGCCAGAUCCAGGAGGGAAGCCUAACAUUUGCUGAGGCUGCCGAGGCUGAGGCGGCAAUGCUAGUCGAAGAAAAUAAACGUGAACGGGAACUGGCAAAGCGGCAGCUUGAUAGUUACCAAGAGGCCGUGCUGAAGCCUAUGCAUGCCAUUCUCGCAGACAGGAUCAGCAGGGCAACGACCUGCAUUGACGAACUGAGCAGCAGAUUGUUUGACGAUGCCCAGCGUGAGACGCCAGACCAGACGCAAGAAGAAGGCGAUGAGAAGCCUGAGCUCUUGGAGAAGUUGACACAAUUGAAAUGGCUCUUCGAAGCGCGGGAGCAACUUCACCGGGAGACUUUCGACCUGGUUAGCGACCGGGAUCAAAAAUACAAAUCGAUUGCAUUGUUACCGUAUCAGCAAAGCAAAAACAAUGACAAGCUCCGCGAAACCCAGGCCUUCUUUUCGAAGGAUGCCUUGGACAGACGCGUACAAUAUGAGACAACCGCGCUUACUCGUCUCGAGUCCUUCCUGGAUGUCAUAGAGCAGAAUGUCGUGCGAGGCGUCGAAGUGCAGCUAUCUGCAUUCUGGGAUAUCGCUCCGUCACUCCUCGCUCUAGUGCAGCAAGUCCCUGAGAGCCUACACGGCUUCCAGGUGCAGAUACCCUCGAACGAGUACGAAGAGAACCCGAGUUACCAUGCACAUCCGCUGCAGUACCUUUAUUCACUGCUCUCGCACGCUGAGAAAUCAAGCUACCAAUACAUCGAAUCCCAGACCAACCUUCUCUGCCUGCUCCAUGAAGUCCGAUCUGCCGUGAUGCGAGCCAGCCGCAAUCUCGCCGAGGCAGAGAGGAUAUGGCAGGGCGAGUCGGAGGAUACAGUGCAUCGGGAGAUGCAGGAGGCCCGAGCAGAUGAGGAGCUCACACUCACCACCGACCUCAAGGACAAGGUUGCAACGGUCGAAGGCCAGUGGGCCGAGGCUCUGGGGAGCCAGAUUCAAGAAGUUCGGGAACGAGUCAAAGAUCAACUCGUGAUUGAAGGUGGAUGGGAAGAUUUGGAGCAACUGGAGCAAGAAUAG